ACGCGCGAAACAUCAUAGAACAUUUAUGCAUGCUCGUGUAUGUAUGUACACUGCAUAUGAGGGAAAAAAACGUGAGAAAAGACUGAAAAGAAUUGCGUGGACACAGAGUUACCGCUAUAUUUGUGCACGCACACAAACCACUAAGGGAGAUCAAUAUCGGUAUGGCGGCGCGGGAGGAGCGGCUUCACGCGGUGCGAUCGUCCACGAUCUACGGUUAAGGAAGAGAACGCGAUGGCACGCGACGUUUCUCGCCGGUCGACGACGCGGCCAGACACCACGGGGUCUACGGGGUCUCGUUUUCACCGGACUACGGCCGAGCGCCCGGGAUCGCAUUAGCAAUUAGUAGCAGGUGGAACGGUGCCGAGUGUGGAAACGUCGUUUCCCGUUGACAGAACGAGCGUACGUCAGGGAGAACGAGAGCGGGCCUCGACAGUGAGGAGACCGGUUGACAGAUCGCCCGCUGCACCGGGACGACGAUUAAUCAACCAUCACCAUGGCGAAAGAGAUGAUGAUAGUAUUUGUUUACGACACUGCAAAGUGUUGUAAAGAGGAGGAUGACCCUGCCGAAGCAGUUAUGUACUUUCAUCCGGCUUGGGUAUCUCUUACGCAGAGACUGGCUCUGGCGGGACAGUUAAUGGGAGUGCAUCACUUCCUGACAACGUCGUUUUCAGCGCCACGCUCUAUCACGUUGCAAGGCGGAAAAUUUGUGUUAAAAAAGUUCGGGCAAUAUGUAUUGGCAGUGGGGACUGAUAGAAACAUACACGACUGGAUACUCGAGAGACGCGCCGACACUCUGGAAUCGUUGUUGAAAUUCUUUCACUGCGACCUCGUCCAGAUACUGGAAUCCCUCAAUAACGAUCGUAAUAGAUUCACCGAGAAAUUGUAUCAGAUGUUUGAGACCUAUCUGCCAAUUCUUCAACAUAGUGCCAAUCUAUUUUCCAACAUUCCUGUUAUUAAGCUUCCAAAGAGUGCCAGCAACAUAUUCCUGGAAGGAAUGCAAGUGUUACAGCAUUGUCAAGAGAUAAAUGGCAUUUUGGGCGGAGCGUUAUUUUACAAUAACAAGAUAGUCUCAACGCAGCUGGGAGCAGAUCUAACGAAACAAAUAGUCAUAACGGAUCCUUACAGGAUAAAGGCUCCUGCGGAAAGGAUACCCACGGAAUUUCACUUGCCGAUCGGUGUUCAAUUGUUACAAGUGUACAUAGAGCGGAAGCAAUUCGCAAAAUUAAUGCAAGAAGCGAAUAACGAGCGGUACUACAAUUCGUGUCUAGAUACCGUGACCAAGAAAAUAUUACAGAGGAAGACCGUAUCUAAGACCGGCGUCAAGGAACCACCCAUUACGUCCGGCAUGAAGCGGGAUACAUCGAAGAUUUUCACGGUUCCCGAGGAAGGUGAACUGGACUCGACGAAUUACCCGCCGGCGCCGGCUCAAUAUGUGUCGUCCGUGCCGCUUGCGGUCAAACACGACUCACCGAUCAGACGCAAGCAAGAAAUCAAGUCAGAACGUCCCAAGGGUGGUGUCACUGCCAAUCCGCUCACGCCCAGUGUCUGCGCGACACCGUUGAAGGACGUGGACCGGGUGUUACACGGGAACGCCAUGCUCAUCUGCUCGUCUGAGAGCGGCGGUGAAAACGAGGGACUUAGAAGCUCGUCGAAAAGUGAUGACGACGACAUUCCCGACGUCGUUAAAGAAGCGCUCAGAUGUAAACGCCUGAACAAGCUGAGAAACGCUACUUCGAAGAAGAAACUGAUAAAGAGGAAAGAUCCCGACAGGAAGAGCAUGAGCCUAUCGGACUUGACGUCAUUAAUCAAGCCACGUUUAAACGGUAUUCCCAGGGCUCGUCAACAGGAACUAGACAAAAUACUAUGCAAAUUAAAUGAAGUCUCGCCGGACGAUCCGAAUUCACCCCGGCGGAAAUUCACCAGAAGUAACAUGCGGCAUUCGCGCACUAUCGUUGAUCCCUGUUAUCCCGUCUUCCGAUAUGAUGGUCUACCAGUUUCGCAAUCUUUGUAUGAGCAAUACAUCGCCUCGCACUGCGAGGAGCUGCGCGAUAACGACGGCGUUCACGAGCGUCGUAGCGAUGACGACAAUCUACAAUCGAAAAGCCUGCCAAGCGACCUGACGAGCGCGAAAUUACCGAUAAACAGCAGCCGGAACUCAAUCACGAAGGAUGAUCGCGAAGAAUGCGCCAAACCUGGGUAUGACAAGAGCAAGCAAGAGACGUACAAGAGAUCGAUGAGUCUGCCGCUGAAGCCGCUCAACGUCGUCGCUGAAGUGUCCAACGGCGACGAUCGGCGGAAAUCGACGUCGGAGUGCGGUGGUGCUGGAAGCUCGUUUGAGUUUCCGCAGAGACGGAAGCUGGACGGUUUACAGUUGACGCCGCUGAUGUCGAAGCUGAGUCUGCUGGCUGACGAACGAACCAGCGGCUUCUGCAGUCGCGAGACCACGCCGAGCGAAUUCCGCGAUUUGUCCGGAUUUUCCGGUGGUGCGACAGUCACCGCGACAACGACAACGACGAAUCAGCUGAUCCGGCAAAAACUGGAGUCCGUCGAGAAGGAAGCGAGCGAUGGUGAGGAUGAGCUGGAGGAAGACUGGGUCAACAAGGAUGAGCCCACCGCCUGUCUCGUGAAGACCGAGCUCUUUCUCUGCGGCUAUCAGAAUAUGGUGCUGGUGUUGCUGAUGGAAAACGGCACCGCGAACAAUCCGGAUUUGAUACAUGCACUGUGGCAUACCUGUGUGAGUACGUUGGGUAAGCUCGAAUCGCGACUGCAGCAGUGCCUAGAACCAAUGCCAUCCACGGAAAAUAAAGAGUUGUACAGUAUUCUGAAUGUGGAUCCGCAGUGGGACACAGUGCAGCGUUCCGGACUUUGGGGCGUUACCGAGCUGGACAUCGUAUCCUGCCUUCACGACAGAUUUACGCAAGCCAGAAGUUUGACAGACAUUAUCGUCAGAACGGAAGACACGGUAGUUUACGGUAACCAGAGCGGAGGAGUAGAAGUUUUCUACCAGCAAGCGGUGGCACCAGGUACUUUUGCGGCGCUUCCUACCCCAGCGGAUCUGAUGGGGAUCGUGGCUCUCAAAGCAAAGCGUCGAUUGGAAAGAGAUCACGGGAUCGUGUUACUGUAAAUCCAGAACUGCGCGUUACUUCUUUUUCUUUUUUUUGCCAGAAAAAAAGAGUAGGAUAAUGCAUACGUUCACAAUUUCGCUUGUUUGCUCUCGGCAAGAGAGAUCAUCAUAUCCAGUACAAGAGAGGAGAAUCGUACGUUAUUUUGACGGGAUAAUUUUAACAACGGAAGAUAUACGGCUUUUCUACGGCGUAUUUUUGUAAUCUGUGAUUUUCCAACAUACCGAGCGUAAUUCCAGGAGAAUUGGCUGCGAUCAAAAAGAGCUUUUAUAUACCACUGUGGUGUACCCAUGCAUUCUUAUCGUGUAAUACCGGUCGAAACAUUUUUUACGAUAACGGAUCGUCGACCAACCAAUUUGUAUACUUUACCGUUUCAUCGAUAGUGCAAAUUGAUAUCAUAGCAAAUGUUAUUUGUAUUAUAUAUGUUAUUGUAUAUAAGAUGUCUUAGGAUCGACGGAAAGUGGAUAGCAUUAUUGUUCUUAAAACUUGGAGACAGUUUUUAGAAUUUUGAUCUAUCAGUAUAUCAUGAGACAUAUCUCAGUAGAUUCUGAUUUAUAGGCCAUUAGAAAUGAGAAGUCUUUCAGGAAUCAGACUUCGAAAGAGAAGAUAAGUAAUGUAACAUUGUAUUUAAUUUUUGAAGCGAGUUUUACGUCAAUAAGAUUUUUAUUUGAUUAAUUACACAAUUUGCCGUCUAUAUAAUUAUUAUAAAAAUACUUGCUCUGUCUAUUAUUUAAGAGUUACUAGAGAGUUACUAUGUAGAAUAUUAAUAUCUGAAAAAAAAUUGUUGACUCUCCAAAUGUGAGGUACACUGUAUCUUCAUUGAUUCUCGGACAUCCUGUAUAGAGUCGAUUUAUUGUACAUGUACAUAACGAGCCGUUAGUAACUUAUUUGCAUUUUAAUCAGCGCGAAUCAGACACUCAGUUUUAGAGGAUAGUUAAGGGUAUAUAUUCUCCGAAAAAGAAAGACGGAAAUCAGUAUUCCGCGAACGCGCUACAUCCAGUAUUUCUAGUCGUCCGAAUUGCUUUUGUAGGGGAAAAAUAGAGACGAUAAUAAUAUUGCAAAAAUCAUCUGCUCGACAUUGUCAAUUUUAAUGUAAAAAAAUAUUUUAUGCGACAUUUUAUGCGCAACGUUACCCGUCAUCGGUGUUGAAUCCGUUUUUGUCUCGCAAGAUUUACAUAAAAAUGUCGAUGAUCUCGCGCAGGAAUCUUCCGCGAGACAAGUUUUUCAUUACAACGAUAUGUAAUAUUUCCAAAUAUUUAUAUUGCGAUUAAUUUAUGCUAAUAUAUUGCACCGACGAGAUUUUUGGCGAGCAGAGUUGAAUCAUGUUAUGUCAUUGUCUGAAUUUUCUAAUGACUUUCUCUGUAUUCGAUAGUCCAUGUGUUUUGUUUGAGAUCUAAUAAAGCAAUUUAUCAUUCUUUAAA